UCUCAGUCCUUCCUCCAAUAGUUCCUUAGCUCCCAGCAAACUUCUCCACACAUAACUCGCGUUAUAUCCAAUUUUAGCAUGCAUAAUAUCAGUAGAGGGAUGAUAUAUUGCUUUAAGAACUCUAGCCACAAGCGCUUCUCAUUUAUUCAUCAGAUUCCACACUUGUUUUGCCAGCAUUGCCAUAUCGAAACCUUUUAAGUCCCUAAACCCAAGCCCUCCUUCACUCUUAGUGUCACAUAGUCGAUUCCAACUAACCCAGUGAAUCCUUGAUUCUUCACCUUUUUGUCCCCACCAGAAGCUAGACAUGAGGCCUUCAAUUUCAUCCAAAAUGCCAUCCGGGAUUCUGAAUACCAUCAUAGGGUAGAGAAGUUGUGCCUGUGGAACUGCUUUUAUAAGAACCUCCUUCCCAACCUGCGACAUAGUUCUUGACUUCCAGACUUUAAGUUUACAUCUAACUCUCUCCUUAAAACCUGCAAAAAUAAUCUUCUUUGAUCUCCCAACCAAUGUAGGCAACCAAGGUACUUCUCAUGCUUGCCCACUUCUCUAAUCGAGAGAAUCUGUGAUAUCUCUUGUCUCCUUGCAAACUGAACUUUCCUGCUAAAAGUCAGUUCUGAUUUAGCAUAGUUAAUUUGCUGUCCUGAUGCUAUCUCCUACGCCUUAAGAGUUCUCUUCAGCCACUCAACUUCUUUCUUCGUAGAUGCUAUCAUCAGAAACAGCAAGUGAGAGACUUGUGGUGCCCUUCUGCAAACUUCUACCCCAUGUAUAUCACCCCUAGCUUCUCCCGUUUUAUAAGUGCUGAAAACCCUUCAGUACAUAAGAGAAACAGGUAGGGAGAAAGCAGGUCUCCUUGCCUCAGUCCUCUUGUAGGAUAGAAGUCGGGGGAUCUAUGUCCAUUCACCAACACCGAAUAUGAUACAGUCCUUAUACACAUCAUCAUUAGCUUAAUCCAGCGUUCAUGAAAUCCCAACUUUCUCAUUACUUGCUCAAUGAAAUCCCAUUCCACCCUUAUCAUAUGCUUUAGCCAUAUCUAAUUUUGCUGCAAAAUGCCCUUUCUUUAUGCUUGCACUCUUUUCAUUUAAUUAAACCACUCAAGCGCCGUAAUUAUAUUGUUCGUUAUGGCUCUUCUUGGAACAAAUGCUCCUGCUCCUCAGCUAUGAUAGCAGGCAGGAUUUUCUUGAGUCUAUUAGCCAGAACUUUAGAUACCAGUUUGUAUAACACUCUACACAGACUGAUUGGCCUAAAGUCCUUGGCCUCCUUGGGAACUUUAACCUUCGGGACUAGAGCUAUGAGAGUAUGAUUCAUCUCCUCUGGCAUUCAACCUGUUUCCAGAAUAUUAAGCACCAAUUCUAUAACUUUAGGUCUUAGAGUUUCCCAAUUAUGUUGAUAGAAACCUGUUGGAAAUCCAUCAGACCCUGGAGCUUUCGCGGGAUGCAUUUGAUUGAGAGCUAAGUCCCGUCUCAGCUCUAAACUCAUGCAGUAGCUGUUUAUUCAUGUCCUCGGUGACCUUUUUCUAUAUUGCUUCAAUAACGACAUUGGAGCUACCUUUUAUCCCUGCUUGAAUUAGAUUCUGAAAAUAUUUUUUUACGCAUACUGUAACUUCUUCUUGUCCUUUAUACAACCUUCCAUCUGCAUCAAACAACUUCUUAAUCAUGUCCUUUUAUGCCGUGCAGAAACUUUGGCAUGAAAGAACUUUGUGUUUUUGUCACCGCCUUUCAUCCAGUCCACUCUCGACCUUUGCUUCCACUUGCUAUGCUCUUUCCGCAGCAGGUCUGUCUUCUCCGCUACUAAAGCUUCUUUUUUUUUUCCUGCUAAUAACUGCUCUGUCUGUUUUAUGCCCUCUUCUUAAUUUAUUGAGGGUCUUUGUCAAUAUUUUGCAGUCUUUCCUUGAUUUUACCGAACUUCUUCCUGCUCCAUUUCGUCAAAGCUUGCUCACACCUCCCUAAUAUAUCCAAUAUAUUGCCUGCUCCUCCCUCAUCCAGUAAGUACAUUAUUUAUCACUUGCUUACUUUCACAAUCUCUUAACCAGAAAUUCUCUACUCUAGAAUGCCAACCACACCUUAUUCCUUCAUCUUCAUUUCCUUCUGUGUCGAGCAUUAUCGCGGAUAAUGGUUCGACUCGAUAAUGGUUUCCUCAAUGUAUCGCCGUUCUACUCUAAGUGUAAGGUUAUCCAUCAAACCCACAGUCUAGCAGGCCACAGUGAUCCAGAGUUUCCCUGAAUUGUCUUGCCAAUUCUUCGUCAAUCAUUCUAUUCUGCCCCCUCUUUUGUCGCUGCUCGACAAAAUAUGGUUGUUUUCAUUUUUUAAACUGCCCAGCAAUUCCCAGCUCUCUUUUAAAUCCAAGUUCCCCUCGAACCCCAUCUCUUUCUUCAUCAUUUAACUUUUGUCUCCGUGAGAAAAACAAUUUGUGGUGAUUUUCUUCUAAUUAAUUCCAUCGGGUUUGCAAUAGCUUUAGGAUCCCGAAGCCCUCUUACUUUGUAACUUAUGAUUUUAUUAAUCUUUAAUGGAAAACUUGUACAGAUCACAAGGGGAGAAGACUGAUAAAACCUAGAAGCUUCCACCAAAUGGGGUGACAACUACCCAGAAACCUUCCCAACAGCAUCUCUCCAAUGCCUUCGACAAAACCAGCAAUAGAGAUGAUUCGUUGGGAUUGGAUCAGCAAGAAAACACCAGAUGGAGAGGAGGUUUCUCACAAAGGGACCUUCUUCCCAGACAAGCAAGCAAGUCGGUGAAACAGUGGCUCAGAACGCAACUCCAACCGCCAGAGAAAGUCGGCAGCCUUCAAAGUCUGUGGAAACCUCUCAUACAGAGAAGAGAAUGCGCUGUGGCUCUCAACCGAGGUCCGAGAGUGCUCCAGCACUUCCAGAUCGGAAGCAAACUCCAGAAAACCUUCUCACCGAGGAGUGAAAAUUCUAGAGAAGCUGUAGCUCCCACGCAGAGAAAAAAACAAGAGAUUGUUGUAGCUUUAAACCUGAGGACUCUAGUAUAGUACAUAAAUAGGGAUGACAACUAACCCGAACCCACGGGUACCCUACACGACCCAACCCAGUUAACGCGGGUAAAAUCCGUGUUGACGGAUUUUGGGCCGGGUUCGGGUUUAAACCCGCUACACCAUCAUCGGGUUGGGUUGGAUUUGGAUUUAGGCAAACCCGUUCUAUGGGUACCCGCCCACACUCAUAUAAUUAAUUUUUUCAGUAUAUUUAAUACUCUAAACAAUAUAGGGUAAAUUGCAAGGUUGGUCACUGGGAUUAUUAAAAAUGUUCAAGUUUGGUCAUUAAAAAUAUUUAAUUUCAUUCAUUGUUACUAGAUUUAGUAAAACAUGUCAUGUUUGGUCACUCUCCGUCCAACUCCGUUAAUUCUGUUUGAUGUGGCAGCCAACUCUAAGAGUUGACCGUUAAAUGUAUGACGUGGCAAUUAAAAAAAAUUUAAAAUUUCCA